AUGUACGGUCCGGCUUCCCUCUCUUUGCGGCAGUGGGAAGGUGAUGCUCAGAAGGUGUCGCCUUUACGUCCCCAGCUGCACUGUCUCCAGCUGAUUCCUCUGCUCCUCCUUUUGUCGCCUCUUUCUCUAGAAAGUCCCUUCUCACUUCUGGCCGUGGCGCGGCCCCAGCACUCUACAUCUGACUUUCUGGAUACGUCAGGGAAGCCUGGCGAAAGGCUUCAUCUUCUCUCUCCCGACACGGCGUUUCCCGUCUCGCAACACCGCAGUGAGACGGCCAGCCCGGCUGUGGGGGACAACGACGAAAUGGAAGAGAAAGACAAGACAUACGGGAUGGGAGCGGGGAAACAGGCCCCAUACUCCGAAGGACAACACGCAGACGAAGCCGCACCGACCGCAUUUCUGCAGGAGGGGGCGUGGAUCACGAAACAGUUCCUGCAGCAAGAGUUCAUGAGAAAGGCUGCUGUCCAAGCACGCGCUCGAGAAGAGAAGAAGGCGCACAAGGACAGAAGCAGCUCUAAUUCUGGCCACGCGAAGGAAGCCAGGCAAACGGGAACGACCGGUGGCGACGACGAGUUGGCCAUUUUCGAACGGAGGGGAACUCGUUCCUGGCGGAGCAUUUUCGAUUCCGAAUCGACGGCGCCAGCAAAGGCUGAGCACAGAGAGGCGCCAAGAGACGAGAAGGCCGACGCAACUCGGCAUGUUUCGGAGGACGGCGAUAGCGCCGGAAAGGGACAAGGCGGACGGGGCGGGGAGGCGGACCCCCAGCACGGUCCGAAGACUUCGCAGCCUGCCUCCGGGAUGACACCGCUUCCUUCUGUGUCUUUCCUGGAAUACCAUUCCUCUCGUCCUCCCUACUCGCCAUCCGCUGUUCCCGAUGGGAGACACAUAAGGGCCGUGCGGACCCAUCUGGCUUCUUCGGCCCCUCCACCCUCGCUCUCGCGUUCCUCUGCUCUGCAGUCUCUGCCCGCGGCGCCACUUUCGUCUGCUUCCCCCUCUGCGUUGUCGCCUGACGCGCCUUCGUCUCGCGCGCUGCCUGCUGGCGCGCCCGCUCUCCAUGGAAGGCCUUCGCUCCACGCGCCUUCUGUCCUGUCUUCUCCCGAAGAAGCUGCUGCAGUCUCUCACCUCCAAACGAAAAUGCAGUUCGUUGAGCAGGUUCUGGCGACAGCCCUCAGCGGUGGAGCGCAAGUGCUCGCGCAGAACGGAGGCCUCCCUGCAUCUGGAGGGGUUCCUAUGCAGCAGGUUACCAUGGCGGGCAUGCGGCCGACGGUGAUGGGGCCAGCGGACUACGGCAUGGUAGCGGCGAGUCAGGAGCUGGGAACUGUCGAGAUUGCUUUGAUCAUCAUGGGUUGCCUUCUGGGGAUUGGCCUUCUCGCUGGACUGGUUUACUUUUUUGUUGCUGGAGGCAGAAGGCGCCGACGACGAUGA